UUUAAAAUCAUUUUUCCUUUUCUUCUCCUAUGAAAAUGGAGUAUGAACUAUGAACUGACACCUCAUAAUAUCCUCUUCGUCUUCGAUUUGUGUUAAUCAGUGCCGCCAUGAGCGCUCUUCGUGCCUCCACUUCCUACACCAUCGGAUUCGGCAUCUCCCCCUUCUCUGCUCCUCCGACUAGAAGAUCGUCUUCUUCCACUCACCGCCGCCAUGUUGCCUUCGCCAGUGCUGAGCCAUCUGAGAAAUCUGUUGAAAUUAUGAGGAAGUUCUCAGAGCAGUAUGCUCGGAAGUCGGGAACAUAUUUCUGUAUGGAUAAAGGGGUGACUGCAGUUGUUAUCAAGGGAUUGGCAGAACACAGGGAUACAUUGGGUGCACCGCUCUGCCCCUGCAGGCACUAUGAUGAUAAAGCUGCAGAAGUUGAGCAGGGCUUCUGGAAUUGUCCUUGUGUACCAAUGAGAGAGAGGAAGGAGUGCCACUGCAUGCUUUUUCUCACCACUGAUAAUGAUUUUGCUGGAGAAGAACAGACUAUUUCUUUGGAGGAGAUCAGAGAAGCAACGGCUAAUAUGUGAUUCAUCACACCUUGGACUUGUUUGCAUAUGUAGAUAUGUGUGCUCACCAAUAAUAUGAUAGUAUUUCAUGUUAUUAUAUUCAGAAUACCUAUGCCCCUUUAUUGAUCAUUCUGGAGUUUUUAGAUUUUCUUUAUAUAUUCCCACAUAAAAAGCAAUGACAUAUCUGAUUCAUCCA